UCGACAGCCCUACCUUCAGGUCAGGCUCAGGCUCCAUCUCCAGGUACCAGCUUCCUCGCGCGCCGCGGCGAUGGCGUCCACCGCCGUCAAGCUCAUCGACAUCGCGGUCAACUUCACCGAUGGUAUGUUCAAGGGCAUCUACCACAGCAAGCAGUGCCACGCCGCCGACAUUCCAGCAGUCCUCGCCCGCGCGUGGGCAGCCGGCGUUGAUCGUAUCAUCGUUACAGGAGGGUCGCUCAAGGAGUCCAGGGAGGCGCUGGAGAUCGCCGAGACCGAUGGGAGGCUGUUCUGCACGGUGGGCGUGCACCCGACCAGAUGUGGGGAGUUUGAGGAGAGUGGAGACCCGGAAGGGCAUUUUCAGGCACUGCUGGCUCUGGCCAAGGAGGGGAUUGAGAAAGGCAAGGUUGUGGCCGUUGGUGAAUGUGGUUUGGAUUAUGAUAGGCUUCACUUCUGUCCUGCAGAUGUACAGAAGAAGUACUUUGAGAAACAAUUUGAAUUGGCUGAAUCAGUAAAAUUGCCAAUGUUUCUUCACAUGCGGGCUGCCGGGGAAGACUUCUGUGAAAUCAUGUCACGGAAUAUGUACAGAUUCCCUGGUGGGGUUACACAUUCCUUCACUGGCACGGCCGAAGAUCGUGACAAGCUCCUUUCUUUCGAGAAGAUGCAUAUAGGUAUCAAUGGCUGCUCUCUGAAGACUACUGAAAAUCUUGAGGUUCUACGAGGCAUUCCUGUAGGGAGGUUAAUGAUAGAGACAGAUUCUCCAUAUUGUGAGAUCAGAAAUACUCAUGCUGGAAUCCAGUUUGUAAAAUCGGUCUGGCCAUCCAAAAAGAAAGAAAAGUAUGAGCCAGAUUCAACAGUAAAAAAUCGCAAUGAGCCUUGUUUAGUCAGGCAAGUCCUUGAGGUAGUGGCUGGAUGUAAAGGAAUCACCGACAUAGAAGGUUUAAGUAAAACUAUCUACCACAACACAUGCAGGAUCUUCUUCCCGCAGGAUCUUGAUGCUUCUGCGGAUGCACAGCUUGAGAGUGGUACUGCUGUCCAGAAUAGCUGAUGGAAAGAGGGAACGAAUUUUUGAAAUGUUUCAUGUGAUUGGUAUUUGGCUUCACGUUCCAACUUGCCAUGUGACAUAUAUGAAAUCUUUUUGGUGACUA